AUGCAUCAACCACGUUCUUUCACCACGUUCUUUCCCUUUCUCAUACUUCUUCUCUCUUUUUCCUUGUUAGUUCUCGCUCAGCAGGAUGCUGUCUGUGACUCCGAGACCCCCUGCAAAGUCGGCUGCUGCUCCAAGUCCGGCAGCUGCGGCUUCGGCCCGGACUGGUGCAGUGACGAAAACUGCAUUAGCAACUGUAAAGCCGUCGCCGAGUGCGGUAAGUAUGGUGGCGACAAGAAAUGCCCACUGAAUGUUUGCUGCAGUCGCUGGGGGUUCUGCGGAACCACUGAGGAGUUCUGCCUGAAGACCGACGACGAGGAAAAAAGUUGCCAGAGUAAUUGUGGCCAGCCAGACCGCGAGAAAUGCUCCAAUCAGCGGUGGAAGCAGCGCCGAAUUGCCUACUAUGAAACCUGGGCAGAUAACCGCACUUGCGAUGCGUUCCGACCAGAGAAUAUUCCCGUCAAGGCGCUCACGCAUUUGAACAUUGCGUUUGGGGGAAUAAAGGAUUCGCGGGUCACGAUUAGCAGCACGGAUAUGAUCUCGCGAAUUGUAAAGCUGAAGCGCCGGAAUCGGUCGCUGCAGGUGUUCAUUGCGGUUGGGGGUUGGGCUUUCAGCGAUCCAGGCCCGACACGAACGGCAUGGUCGGACAUGGCGUCGUCAAAGGAGAACCGCGCAAAGUUUAUCAACAGUCUCAUGGAUCUCCUAGAGACAUUUGACCUCGAUGGAGUAGAUCUGGAUUGGGAGUACCCAGUGGCUGACGACCGUGGCGGAAAAAACGCUGAUUACAAGAACUAUGUGAGCCUUCUCCAGGAAAUGCGAGCUAGUUUCACCAAGCGCAAUGAGAUAUGGGGUAUAUCCAUGGCAAUCCCGGCCAGCUACUGGUAUCUGCAGCAUUUUGACGUUGCCGCGCUGGCAAAAGAGGUCAGCUGGUUCAAUCUCAUGAGUUACGAUAUGCGUGGCAAAUGGGAUCAGUAUAACGAGUGGACAGGCCCCUAUGUCUUUGGGCAUACAAAUAUCACCGAAAUCGAGCAAGGGGUUGACCUCCUUCGACGAAACAAUGUCAAUCUUUACAAAGUCAGCCUGGGAAUGGGAUUCUACGGGCGAACUUUCACGCUGGAUGAUUCAAAAUGCAGCGAGCCCGGCUGUGUUUUCGCCGAUGCGGGCGUCCGGGGUGAAUGCUCCGGUGAAGAAGGCAUUCUCACAUUCAAGGAGAUCAUGGCCCGGAAACAUCGCCUCAACGAGCAGCAUGAGUAUUUUGACGAGAAAACGGGAGUGAAGUACAUGGUGUACGACGAAACCCAGUGGAUCACGUACGACGACGCCGAAAGUUUCAAGGUCAAGCGGAAAAUGCUCGACGACGAGUGCUUUGGCGGCGUCAUGAUCUGGGCCAUUGAUCAGGAUACGCCCGAUUUCCAAGCGUUGGCCGGUCUUCUCGGCGACGAGUUCGUUAGCGACGCGCUCCUGGAAGGAGGCGAACUAAGCGAUGACGAGAAAGAAGAUCUGGUAAACGAGAUGGGCGGGCUGACCGGCGAUGCGUGUUAUGUUCCAACCGGCUGUUUUGGGGCCGAACCCACCAUUGAGGGAAACCCGGAUUGUCGAUCGGGCGAUGUAACAGUUGGCAUGGUGCAUGCGCCGGGUGAGUCCCUUCAGAACUUGUAUGGGGCGAUGUCCCACAAUGUGCAGACUUGCGCGAAAGGGACUUGGAAGCGGAUCUGCUGCCCGGCCAAGACACCAGCAAUCAAUUGCCGCUGGGUCGGAAGACCUGACACCGGCUCCAAGUGUACGGGAGGUAAAGGCGAGAGUACUUGCGGGACGGGGCAGUAUGAGCUUCUAACAGAUAGGUAUGCUGAUGAGCUUGGAGAGACCAAGUGCUCAAGUGGGUCGGUCUCAUUUUGCUGUGAUCAAGCGCCGGAGAUGCAGGACUGCCAUUGGAGUCCAUGUACGGUGUUUGGGACCUGCUCGACGGGAUACACGCAACCGAUCGCAACGAGGGGCGAUUACUGCGAGGAGGGAUCCUUCCAGAACUUUUGCUGCAAAAUAGAUUCCAAGCUAAACAACUGCGAUUGGGUGCCUGCCGUGGAAAAGUUCACCAGUGGAGAUGGCGAUGGACCGAACCUGAUAACUUUGCCAACAGCACAAGAGUGCUCAAAACGCUUCUGCCCAUCCACGCAGUUCACCGCGUCCAAGGCCAAGCUGCCAAAUCGAUCGGCUGGGAAACGGGGUCCUUGCGAUUGGGCGUAUCCGGGUCUUCAGCAUCGGUUGUGCUGUGACCCGGAUCCAGACCGGGAUCUUCCGUUCGAUUUGAAGAAGAUAUUCCCUGAUCCCAUCGGCGAAGACGUUGCCUAUCGGUAUACGGACAACUACGGCAACAACAAUCGUGACCCCCAUGGGCCCGACGAGACGGACGUCGGCGACGAUCCAUACGGAUUCAUUGUCCUAGACGGCGAUGAAGAUGCGCUGCAGGGGGAGUUCCCCAGCGACUUUGAGUUCACGCACGCCGAAGAUGGCACCGGGAAGCCAAUCAAAAAGCGCGAGACCCUCUCACGCGAUGACCCCAAUUUGAUGGACUGGGUCUUUGAGCACGAAGAGUCCCAUCAUCUCGUUUACUGCCGCAAGGGUCGGGAAGAGAACUGCCAGCGAGUCUUCCAAGGCGGCGCCUAUGAUACAAUCAUCGGGCUACCAGCCCAUAUUGGAUCCGGCCCGUACGCGCGGAUUGUCUCCAUGGAGCCAGUGAAACCGUCGAGUCUUUCCGACUUCCACAAGAUAAAGCGAUCUAUGGACAGUCACGACUCGACCGUGUACAACUUGACCAUUGACUACCGGUUUGAGCUCAUCAGCCGCGCCGACUCCAGGGUCAACCUGCGUAUCGACUAUACAAACCUCGUUCCGUACUGGGAUGAGAUGACAGGGGAGGAUUCGGAUGCCGGCUCGAAGAGUAAACGAGAGCUCCGCCGGGAGAAGCGCUGGUGGGGGACCUACUCCGAGUGGCUGAAGAAGCUGAAUACUGUCCGCGUGUCCGACGAAGGCAAGUUGCCGAUGUCGAUCCACAAGAAAAUGCUCCUCUACAGCCGACGGGCGCAAUGCGCACGUAAGGGUCUGACGCUCAAGGCCGGGCUCGACGUGACACUGGAUGCCAAGUUUGAUAUGAAUGCCCGGUGGGCCUACUAUGCACAAGGCACGAUUGUCCCCUUAAAUAUCGACACCGUCUACACGUAUUUCGAGCUGCAUCCCGAAGUACAAGCUAUACUAGAGAUCGAUGGCAGCGCUGAGAUGAUAUACCGCAGCCCCCGGAUCAGGAUCAUCGACACACUCUCCUACCCUGGGUUGGCUAUUAAGGGCAUCGCAGCGGUGGGGCCUACACUUGAUCUGUACGGACAGAUGGAGGCCGGCGCCACGAUUGCUGGGAAGCUUAAAGCGGGAGCCAAGAUGACCUUCCCUAAGUAUGAGAUGUAUUUUCCGCAAUCAGAUGAGGCCAAAGAUUAUCAAAAAUUCCCCACGCCCGACGAGAAGGACACCAAACGGGUGUCUGGCACUGACAUGGUACCCAUUCUGGAUGCCAGUGUGGAGGCGAGCGUCCAUAUCGAUCUCAUCGUCACUCCCGAGGUGAAUCUGGGGAUCAAAGUCAACGCGCCCAUGGUCAAAGGCGGCCCGGUUCUCGAUGCCCAGAUUGUCGGCUUCGUGAAUAAUACACUGCGCUUCCAAGUCGAUGCGGGAGCCAGCGGAGGAAUCGAUAACCCACCGGCUGCUUCAUACGACGUGUAUGUCAAGUACUUCUACAACUUUGGCUACGGCGGAAGAGCUGUCUUCAAAUGGCUCGGCGAGUACGCUUUGAAGCCAAAAACUCUUUGGAGCGGCAAAGGCAAAGAGAAGAUCCUCUGGGAACACCAUGGUUCGACCUCAAACACCAAGCGCAACACCCUUGAGCCCGACCUCCUCGGUGCAGAGCGAUUUAUCCCAAUCUACAACGCUACCGAAUUCCUGGAUGAUGAGUGGGAUACACCAUCUGGCCUCUUAGCACCUCGAUCACUGCAUAAGCGCAAGACUCCUGAGGAGGUUGCCGCGUUCGGCCUCAAUAAGGGCUUCUUCACCUGCAAUGACGGGGGUCAGUGCAAGAACGGCGGUUGUGACGGUGACUCCUGCGAAUGGAAGCCGAAGCCGUCGAGCCUGGCCCGACGCGCCGACGACGAUGACGGCGACCCGAUGGACGUCGAUUCCAGUCAGAGCUGCAUCAGCUCCAUCCCCGCCGUGAUGUACAACUGCAAAUACUUCCCGGAUCACCGAGUACGAGACCGAGAUAUUCCCGGUAUUUGCCAUAAUGUGCUCCAGUUCUUCACGGACGAGGGUCUAGGAACGGGCCCCUUCACAGCCACCUUCCAUAUGGGCAGAAAGGGCGCCCCAGACACGAAUCGAAAGUGGGUGUGUGGCGAAAAGUCCAAGCACAAGUACAAGUUCAUCGAUGAGAAUGGCGCUGAACAGGAAAGAGAAAAAACGUGGAAGGAUGAAUGCGUCGAUAAUUCACGGGUGCUCUCCAAGUUGACUGAUACGGCCAUCGGCACCAAUGGCAAUAAUAAUUGGCUGAGCUGCGAUGAGUUCCCUUGGAACGCGAUGGAAGAGGGCGGCAAUCCAAAUAAGAACAGCCGGAUGUGUGUGCCGGGCUGGCAGCAAAAUAUGCAAGGGUGGUUUAACGGCAUUCUGAAUAGCAUGUCGCAGGAGGUGACCUGGACCGACGCGGACGACGAGACUCGAACGGCCUCUAAGUCGUGGGGGAUUGACUGGGCGUCACAUGGCGUCUUAGGCUUGGGUAGCCGCGUGGACCGUAACACAGCGUGGAAUUAUGGCCGCGUGCAUGAGAAGAAGUUCACCUACCAUCUCUUCAACUCCGAUUCGGAUACCACCGUCACCGGCUCCACGUAUGAGGUCUUCAACCACAACCUCGCCCAGGGCGGUGACAAGAGCGACAUGGCUGAAGUAAUUGGCGCUGUGAAUACGCUAGGGAACAAGAAGUACUCCAUCACCAAGAAUGCCUUGUGUCGGGCUGCUGGCACGCAUCAGCACCCGUUCUGGAAUUCCGCGGGGGUCUCUAUGUGCACGGUCGUAUUCGACAAUACGGCCGCCGUGGCCAAGAUCAAGCGAGGCGAGAAGCCGACCCAAGAAGAGUUGUUCAAUAUCAAGAGUAUCGAGAUUGCGGAGAAUGAGCCCGUGCAUGAAAUAUUUAUUCCACUUGAUGAUGCAGAGCCAACUCUGUCGCCUCGAAGUAUUGGGAAGCACCGAAGACACCGUGCCCAUCAUUCCUAG